UAUACCAGUGUUUAAACUUUGCGGACAACUGCGCCGCAGCCUCAGCGGCGUAAAGAGAGCAGGAGCGUUUCCAAUGCGGUGGUUCGGAUUCGGCUUUAACGCCUUUGGACAGAUACGUGUCCACGAGAAGCUGACGGAAGGAGCGCGUGGCGACGCUAAUGAAGUCAAAGUGAGCGGUCCAACAGAGCUCACGAGCCCGGCCGACAGACCCGGCUGCUGCGUGAAGGCUGCAUGUCAGAUAAGAGCAAGUUGGAGUCGGAGAGCGUCUUUGCAUAUGGAUAGCGACAGCGGUGUGUGCCUCGCGGGCUUCCUCUCCAGUGACGCAUGCAGCGGGCUUCCUUUGUGGGAGAGCCGCGGCUGUAGAGACGCCCUCAUCGGCGAGUCGUACUUGACCCUCGCUUUCUCGGACCGACUUGAGUCCUGGGAUCUGCAGAAGGAAGAGAAGACUCCAGCGUGGAGCAUGGAAAUUAAAACACCCCCCGAGAGCUCUGGAGCCUCUGUGGGUCUCCCGUUGGUUCCGGGGGGCUACAUCGCCACGAAGCCGCCCCUCUACCGCUCCUUAUCGCCUCAGCUGAGAGCCAAGUGUCUGGCACUGAGUUCAGAGCAUGCCAUCCUCCUCAGUGCCUCUGGAGCUGUGUACACAUGGGGACUGGGCAGUCAUGGUCAGUUAGGGCACGGAGGCCUCGGCUCUGAGGAGGAGCCCAGGGCGGUGGAGGCACUCUUGGGGAUGCCCAUGAGCUGUAUAGCUACAGGAAGCUGGCACACUGUCUGUAUUAGUGAUGGGGGUGAUCUCUACGUGUGGGGAUGGAAUGAAAGUGGCCAGCUUGGACUUCCAUCACGAGGUCUGAGGAAAGCACUGCAGCAGCAAAGUAGCCAACAAGCAGAAGCACUGCUUCAAGAUGCCGGCACGUCUCCCGUCAAAGAGCCUCAUGAGGGAGAACAGGAAGAUGUAUUCAUAUCAAUCCAGGCAUUCCCGGCUCUGCUGGACAUCACGCCGUCAUGUGACAUCAGAUCAGUCAGCUGUGGGUCCCGUCACACAGCUGCAGUAACAACCACAGGGGACCUCUACACUUGGGGCUGGGGUGACUAUGGCCAACUUGGACACCAGACUUUAAUCAGUUCAGAUGAGCCCCAGCGGGUGGAGUUCUUCAGGGAGCAGCAGAUGCAUGUGGCUGACGUAGUGUGUGGGUCAUGGAACACCUUCGCUGCUGUCGCCAAGAAGGAAGUAUCUUGUUCUUAAAUAUAUAAUUGAAUCCCCUUUAAUAAACGUGGACGCUGGACAAUAUUCCAGGAAGUGAAUUAUUACAACAAAAGACUGAAUUUAUUUUGUGAUGUACAAGUUCUUGUUUGUUCUAUUAAAAACAGACAACUUCAUAAAUGAGCACUUUUUGAAAGUAUUUAAAAUGUUCUUUAUAGAAAAAAGAAAAAUCAUAAGUUUUUAUAUUUUACAAAGGAUACAUCAAAUAGUUAAGGCAAUAAAAUCUUUAGGUGGAUAUAAUUUAAGGCAAAUCUUUAAAAUUCUCGUUCUCAUUGAAAUCUAAAGACCAUUUCAGAGUUAAAAGUAGAUGUAUUUCCUCAGCCGGCUGGAGUUCUUCACAGCACAAUCUUAAAAGAACUG